GUGCUGCUGCCCAGGAACCACCAAAACCGGUGAAAAGUGGAAAAGGUUCAAAAGAAGGACAAGAAGCAGCAGAGGCAGAGAUAGCCAGCAGGAAAAACAGCCUGGUGGCUGUCCAGUCUUCGACAUCUGCUAAAAUAAAAGUCCCAGUCCCUCAGCCCGUCGUCCCUGUUAAGAAAGACAAACGGCAGAAUUCUUCACGGUUUAAUGCCAGCAAUAACAGAGAACUGCAAAAACUCCCGUCUUUAAAAGAUGUUCCUCCUGCGGAUCAAGAGAAGCUUUUCAUCCAGAAGCUUCGUCAGUGUUGUGUCCUCUUUGACUUUGUUUCUGACCCACUGAGUGACCUGAAGUGGAAGGAGGUGAAGCGAGCAGCUCUAAGUGAGAUGGUAGAAUAUAUCACCCACAACCGCAAUGUGAUCACAGAGCCCAUUUACCCAGAGGUCGUCCACAUGUUUGCAGUUAACAUGUUUCGAACCUUGCCACCCUCCUCCAAUCCCACGGGAGCAGAAUUUGACCCAGAAGAAGAUGAACCAACGUUAGAAGCAGCCUGGCCUCAUCUGCAGCUUGUUUAUGAAUUUUUCUUAAGAUUUUUAGAGUCUCCAGAUUUCCAGCCCAAUAUAGCAAAGAAAUAUAUUGAUCAGAAGUUUGUAUUACAGCUUCUAGAGCUCUUUGACAGCGAGGAUCCUCGGGAAAGAGAUUUUCUAAAAACUACCCUUCACAGAAUCUAUGGGAAGUUCCUAGGUCUGCGUGCUUACAUCAGGAAACAGAUAAAUAAUAUAUUUUAUAGGUUUAUUUAUGAGACAGAGCACCACAAUGGCAUAGCAGAAUUACUGGAAAUACUGGGAAGUAUAAUAAAUGGAUUUGCCUUACCACUGAAGGAAGAGCACAAGAUUUUCCUGUUAAAGGUGUUGCUGCCCUUGCACAAAGUGAAAUCCCUGAGUGUCUACCAUCCCCAGCUGGCGUACUGUGUUGUGCAGUUUUUGGAGAAGGACAGCACCCUCACUGAACCAGUGGUAAUGGCACUUCUCAAAUACUGGCCAAAGACUCACAGUCCAAAAGAAGUAAUGUUCUUAAAUGAAUUAGAAGAAAUUUUAGAUGUAAUUGAACCAUCAGAAUUUGUGAAGAUCAUGGAGCCUCUUUUUCGACAAUUAGCCAAGUGUGUUUCCAGCCCUCACUUCCAGGUGGCAGAGCGGGCGCUGUAUUACUGGAACAAUGAGUACAUUAUGAGUCUAAUCAGUGACAACGCAGCGAAGAUUCUGCCCAUCAUGUUUCCAUCCUUGUACCGCAACUCAAAGACCCACUGGAACAAGACAAUACAUGGCUUGAUAUAUAAUGCCCUGAAACUUUUCAUGGAGAUGAACCAAAAACUCUUCGAUGACUGUACCCAGCAGUUCAAAGCAGAGAAACUGAAAGAGAAGCUAAAAAUGAAAGAGCGAGAAGAAGCAUGGGUUAAAAUAGAAAACCUAGCCAAAGCGAAUCCCCAGUACGCAGUGUAUAGUCAAGCCAGCGCCAUGAGCAUUCCGGUGGCAAUGGAGACAGAUGGGCCUCAGUUUGAAGAUGUGCAGAUGCUGAGAAAGACAGUGAGCGACGAGACUCGUCAGGCACACAAAGACCUGAAGAAGGACCGUUCCCUUGUGCGCCGCAAGUCCGAGCUGCCUCAGGACCCCCACACCGAGAAAGCCUUGGAAGCUCACUGCAGAGCCAGUGAGCUGCUCUCCCAGGAUGGGCGCUAGCUCUGGAGCAGCACGUCGAGCUGGGCCUGUCAGUUCUCUUCCGGAUGCUGUAGAAAAGACAUACUGUUUGUGCCAUACCAAUCAGCUACACUAAAGUCAAAGCUCCCACUGACCCGUCUGUAGGCAACGAUGCUCAUCCACCCUGGCUCGAGAUUAGGAGUUCAAACAAUGGUGGCUUCUCCGGCCCUGCUGGCCAAGCCAGGGGUCGAUGAUAGUGUUGUCACUCCCAGCAUAGCCCUGAGUAAGACUGUAUCCCAAAGUCAGAGCUGUAGGAAAGCACCCUGGUUGUCUCCUUGUCCCACCUAAGUGGGCCCUGAGCCCCUCUCAAGUAGGUAGUUCUGUGGUAACACCAGGGUUUUCCACAAGGAAGGAACACUCUGAAGGUAUCUACUCCUUCUCUAAGACUUUACUGCUUUUGACAUCGUUCCCAUGAUUUGCUCUGUUGGUCCACCCUCACUGCUCUUAGCUUUCACAGUCUAGCUGCCUACUGGGAAAGUAGCCAACAUCCUCAGCACUGGGACCUUCCAAGGUGUUUCUUUCCUUUGGUUAAUGGCAUGCAUGCCAUGUCAUGCUUCCCUUAAUGUCUACCGAAAGCCAUAUUUCAUAGUCUGUGGUAGAGGCCAGGGUUUCUCAGUCUGCCUUGACUAGAAGCGCAAUGUUGAAAUUAUGUGUUCUUAUUUUUAUUUGCAGGAUCAGUUUUCUCAUCUACUUACACAUUAUCCUUCAACAAGGCUCUUGAAUGGAUAAAACUGUAGGAUCUAAGAAUUCCACAUCUGUAGAACGUUACAAUACAUUAAGCCACUGGGCCUAAUGCAGACUGCAGCUGCCUUUGGGCGCACUGCAGACUGCGCUGUUAGAGUGCCCUCAGUGAGCCUUUCUAUUGGAAAAAAGCACACAUUACCAAGCUGAUAAGGAAAAGUGCAGUGUCUGCGUUUCUGCCCAUCUUCACAUGCUGUUACAGGCUUCCCAGACUUCUUGCAUGGAUUAAGCUUCUGUUUUAGAUGGAAUAGCACGAGGAGAAAACUUAAACUUAGCACUCUGUCUGUUCUUUAUUUCUCUCAGGGUGGCCAGUAUUUCGAUUUAUUUAUCCUGCUUGAAAGCUACUUGAGAUGUGUACUGCUAUUCUGAACAGUGACUCGUUUCUUUGUCUCCAGCAUAUAUAUAUUAAUAUAUAUAUAUAUAUACAUAUAUAAAACUUAGUGUUAAAUGUCUUGAUGCAUAAGAGGUAAAAUGUGGCUUCUCUGAAAAUCUGUUUUUCAAUUGUGGUCUCGGGUAUCCAUGAACUAAUUGUGAAAUUAGACAUUGCUGUCAUGGGGCCGCAGAGCCGCUUCCGGUCUCCUACGAUCGCUGGUGAUGCUCACCCCAUAACAUGGGAGAGGAAUGGGGAGCGGGGCAGCAGGACAGCACAAGACUGUAGGAAAGGUGGCCCCAGCUGAAGGUGGACAGGCUGGUCACUUGGCUGAGAAGAACACUUCCUGAGAAACUUGACAAGUAUCUAUCCACUUUACCAUUAUGAAAUCUAUAAUCAAAAAAAAAAAAAAAAAAAGUUGAGAUGCCUUCUCCUUUUGAGGGAAAAAAGGGUGCUUUUACUGUAUAAAGCAGUGUCUGUGUGUUUUGAUACCCCAUUGUUUGAACUCUCGUCUUUAGCUGGUAGAGUCUCAGAUAUCCCUGGUGUGUGGGGUGGUCCCUGCGUGGUGAGAGGUCCCUGGCGACUCCUUUGCCCUUCGUGGAAAGCAAGCUAUCAGUGUCCGGGUGAUUGUAUGAAGCUCAGCACAGAAGAACAUUGCUGGUCUAGGUUUUAUUCCUGCUCUCUAUUGAAGACAAACUUUACCAAUAAGUAAGAAAAAAAAUGUUUUCAGAGAAACUAAUUUUCUUUGACAAGAGUAUUACUCAAUAUUUUGGCCUAUUAAAGUUUCCCUAGUUAGUACUUGGGUUCCCUGUGCUAAUUGUUCAACUUAUAUAUUGUUAUAGAGACACUGUCCAUUCUGUACCAAACUGGUUUCAAAAAAAAGUACCGCAUUGAAAAUAAACGGGUGACUGUUUUUCUUCUUAAGGCUCUAAGUUUGGCACCUUCACUCUUUCCAAAAUGUAUCUGUGCGUCAGAGAUGUCACAGUUACAAGUAUCUUUCUAGUGUGGCUUUGUAUGGCUUCCUUUGAACAUUGUACAUACAUUGUAUCUUUGUUUUAUGGUAAUAAGUAAUAAAAUGUAGACUUCGUAUUUUGUACAAAAUGUCCUAUGUACAGAUUUAAAAAAAAGUUCAUAGAAACAGCAAAAAUAGGUAAGUGGCACAGUUAUUUUUCUUUAGAAAAUAUCUGUAACUUUAUGCUUUAGUGAAAUGUUAAGUACCAACAUAUUUUUUAACAUUUUGUAAUUCAAAACUUUUUUGUUUUGACAUUGUUUAUGAAGAAAAACUUCAUGCACUUGCCAUUUAAUAUGCUCUUUUAUCUAAUUUUAAAGAACUCUUUAAAAUGGUGUAUUAUAUGGACUAAAUAAAGAACAUGUGAAUUUUA